AUGCACAAGGGCCGCCGCACCGUCAUCGACAUCGAGGACUGCCCCAUCGGCACAGACGCCGUCCGCCUCGGCAUGACGCGCGAGCGCCAGAGGAUGCAGCGCGAAUUUGGCUCCUACCAACGAGGCGCCACCAUCCUGCUGCGCGAGAACACCCGCCGCUACCCCUCCGACGCCUCCGAGGCGGCCCCCGGCCCGGACGACCUGCCGCCGCACACGGUCCGGUCCGAGGGCGACGGCUUUGUCGACGUCAAGUCGUGCGAGACCGACUCCAAGGCCACCACGACCGAGUACAUCGGAGACGCCGUCUUCACCAACCCCGCCGGCUCCUUUUUCCAGAACAACAACUCCAUCCUCCCCGUCUUCACCGCCUAUGUCAAGGACCGCAUCCUGCCGCCCGCCCGGCCCGGCGAGCCCGCCAUCGGCUACCUCAUCGACGCCUACUCAGGCUCCGGCCUCUUCACCGUCGCCCUCGCCUCCGUCUUCCGCCACUCCACCGGCAUCGACGUCUCCGCCGACUCCAUCGCCUCGGCCCGCCGCAACGCUGCCCUCAACGGCCUCGGCGACGACCGCUGCCGCUUCAUCGCCGCCGACGCCCGCCAGCUGUUCGGCGCCGUCUCCUAUCCGCCCGACGAGACUGUCGUCGUCCUCGACCCGCCGCGCAAGGGCUGUGACGCAGACUUCCUCGCCCAGCUCAGCGCCUUUGGCCCGAAGCGCGUCCUCUAUGUCAGCUGCAACGUCCACACCCAGGCCCGCGACGUCGGCGUCCUUGUCAGGGGCGACGGCGGCGGCGCAACCUACCGCCUCGAGAGCCUCGUCGGCUUCGACUUCUUCCCCCAGACGGGCCAUGUCGAGGGAGUCGCCAUCCUCAACAGGCACGACGGCCAGCAAGAUGGCGCCGGGGAACAGAAAGAGUCAUGA